GCUUCUGAUCAAGAGAGAUGAUGAAAACGCUGCAUCACGUUUUGCUUUCGUAAAACGAAUCUAACAAAGCGAAGGAUCGUUCGAGCGACGUUGUAAAUAAAACGCGCGACCUUUUCUGGUUUAUUUUUUGUUUAAUGACAAAACUAGUGAGUGUCACCUUCCAACGUUUUUUUUUUCUUGAUAAACUGAACAAUACGUCAACAAUAAAACCAUCGGCGCGUGUAAACUCAAAGUGCAAACCUUGAAAAAUAGUGAAAGAAUUUAAGGUUGCCGGUAAAGGAAGCCAUAUAUCGAACCUGUUCCGAAGUCGGUAAAGAAUGUCUUCAAUUUCUGGCAGCAUAGUCGGCUACGAGAACAACAAUGAGAUUAACCGGAACAAAGUAAACAAUCGGCCGAAUGUCGUUCAUCUAAAUAACAAACGACAAUCGGACCGUCAACGUAGAAAAAUGGGUUUGAAGUGUUGCACAAAAAUCCACUUGAAUAACCUUUGGUCUUUAUGGUACGGGUUCACGUGCACCAUAUUCCAGGCGUAUGUCGGAGUAAAAUGCGUCAGAAGGAUAUUGGGUUAUUCGCUACUUCCAUGGAGCGAAACUACCCCAGUACCAUUGUUAGAAUUAAAUAUAAGUCUGGGACUGACUGUUUUAGCAGUAUUAUUGUUACCAAUCUUCUUGUGCUGUGCAGUAUUUAAGAUAGGAAAUUUAGCGAACGACGGUUUCAAGUUGGGCAGCCAGUUAUCCAUUUGUAGUAAGGACCAAACGUCCACCCUAGGCAGCAGGGGUGGCUGUAGUUUGUGGAAACAUGGUGGCCCCACCGCUCCUUUUAUACAUCUAGUCAUUGCUUUUUGUCUACUGUUGCCGAAACUUCUUAUGGAAGCCAGACUGAUUGAGGCAGGAUUCGUGCAGCAAGAAACGAUUUGGCGCACGGAUCUAGAUUUUAUGAUGGCCCAUAAAGAUCGCCUGGUAGUUCUAAGUUUUAUGACGGCCACGAAUAGCACCCCGGCCCCAGGGGGUCAUGUUUUACCUUCCGCGUUACCAGUUGUUACUACAACCGACGAAGAAAGAAUCAUAUCGGCCAAUGAUACUACCCUUGGACCAACUGCUUUACCCCUCACAGGAGAUCUUGUGAAGGACUUAAGGGAUAUUGUGGGGCAUGAUCAGCAAGAUUACACUAACAAUAAUGUCGACACUGGUUGGGGUUGUUCAGUGAGUGUCGAAUUUAUGAAUUUCGGAUUGGCCUUAUUAGUAUAUUCAGUUAGAUAUCCUGCGGUAUUCUGGGCCACAAACAAAACAAUGGGAAUGCUUUUCUCUAUGCAGUUUUUGAUAAACAGUUUACAAAUACUUCUAGCUUACGCGGGCAUGUCUGUACUUUACAGGGUUCAAGUGGUUGGAGUGUGGAAGGUCCUUCCACUUCUUAAACCUCAACCGGGGGGUGUGUCCCCAUUGGGUGGCAUCUCUCCUUUCUUGCUCAAUCCCCAAGUAACGCUUGCACUAUACAUUUUGUAUUCGCUACUUGUACUUUCCUCCAGUUUAGUGCUUUAUCUGUACGGAUAUACAAGAUUUAAUGCAUUUCUGAACCAAGAAAGGGAACGGAAAAUAAUUGCUUUGAAAGCGGCUUUUCACACAUCAAGAUGGAGUUAUUUUACCCAUUGUGCCGCCCUUUGUGCUUUAGUGUCUAUUGGUGUUAGUAGCGCUCCCUUAUUGCAUGAUUAUACGAUAAUUUACAAAGGGAGUCUCGAUGGAGCCGUGCUUACGUGUGUUGUCGGCAGUAUUUUGCAUCUUUUCCUUUGGGUUGUUUUGUGGCUGUUUCUGACAAUAAAACAAAAGUGGACCUUCAAAUUACGCGUUUCUGUUGGACGAGCUACAAUAAGACAAGCGCGACAUGUAAAGCUUGUGACUGAUGUAGAUUUAGCGAACGUCCCUCAAGAUGACCCCAGCUUGCAACCCUUGUUAGUCGUAGGAAACGGACGUACAUAUACCGUAGCCGAAACGUCGCCGAAAAAAGCUAUAAUGGGGAUAAUCCAGAAGACCACCAUUUUGAAGAAAACCAGAUCUGAAAAUAAUUCGGUUAUAACGGAAGAGGAAGACGAAGAGCAAAUUUACUGGUUGAGACCUGCCAUAUCCUCAGUACAUCAUUCUCCAGAUGGUUCAAAGCAGUUGUGUUGGUUCAACAAGAAACCCAAGUCGAAAGUGUCCUUUGACGAAGCAACUAGUACGUCUGCUGUUCGUAAUAAAGGCAACGUCUGUCGUGGAAAACGACUACCAGGAAUGGAAAUCGACGAAGGUGACUAUGCCACAUUGAGAGAACUUCCAGUUCCGGCAACCAACAUCGAUCUUGGCGACGACACGGCCAGUGAAGAGGGAAAGCUUUUGGCUUGUGUUCACGAUGAACACGUAACAUACGCUAGCACCAGCCAGGAUUUGGUCCCACCCGUAGAUUACGAAGAUCCCAGUCCAUUAUUAACGCCAGAACCUUUGUCCGACAAAGAGGACACUAACACUAUUAAAGAAAACUCAAUACCUCAAACGGUUGCCCAGGGAUCAGGUCAAACUCCAAAAUGUCUUCGUAGAGCUGAUUCUGGGAUGCCCCAUGACGAACUAACUCCUCGUUCCGAUUCGGUCAGUACAGAGUGUUCUCAGUCUCCUCCAGAUCCACCGGGAAGCAAUCAUAGCGAAACAUCGAGUGGAGUUCAUUCAAACGAAAGCUCAGAACUUCAACACAACCAAAUGUCCAAUUCAACUACCAAACGAGCAACUAGCGUAGCUGAUUUAGCACAACCAAUGUCAAAGGAGGAAAUACAGUGGCGAUCGUGUUCUUUACAAAGAAACACCCAACCUCCCGGCUCCACAAUCAUUAGUCCCAUCAUCGUUCCCCAACCACAAGGCAACAAUGUUAGUUCUCCACAGCCCAACCCUUACACCCUGAACAACGGUUCCCCAUACAGCAAUCUGCUAAAAUACAAUUCGUCACCCGCUAACACGACUACCACCUCAUCAGUUGGUGGGAGCAUCGUAGACCAUGGCAUUCCGGCUGUCAUUUUGGAAAAUCCAGCUGAAAGCACGGUGGUCAUACGCAGAAAGGUCAACAGGCCAGUACCAAUCGAACCAAAUCAAGUUGUCGUGGCGGUAAAAGACGAACCGUUCGGACGCGCUACCAACAUGCGAAUGACGUCGUUUACCGAAAGCGGCGAUCUACGGAGCAUCCAAGCGUCGUCAGCAACUCUUCCACAUUAUCCCACCCAACCAGUACAAAGCAUUUACCCGCAUUGUUCCACGAUGCCCUUACCCCAACAACAUACGACAACGCCAAAUGGGGUGGUGAAUUUAGGAACUGGUAAUAGCUGCAACAUUUAUCCUCGGCAACAUACCACCAUCCCGACCCAUCAUAACGGAGUUAGACUCUUCAACGGAAUUCCUACUCCGAAUCCUUACAUAAAAAGGCUGCAGUUUCAGACCGGACCUGUUCGGGUAAACGCUAAUGAACCGAUUUACACUGGGGUUAACAGAGUUUCUGGCGAAAUGUACCAUUAUAACACAUAAUGAGGUAGUUUGAUGUAUGCUAUUGGUAUAUUUGGAGACGGUGAGUACUACUUUAACUACAUUUUACCUUCCAAUUGUUUAUUCAUACGUAAAUUAUUUAUUUGUUCAAUUUAAAAUGCGAAAAGUCGAUUUGAAAUUUAUUUUAAUAAUGUUUUCUUAGUUUAAUGUGUGUAUAAUAAGUACCACAAACUUUUAUUAGUUUAUUUGACUAUUACUUCGCCACUUUUGUAUCUUCUGAAGAAGCCACAAAAUGGCAAAACGAUUGCCAAGAUUAAUAAAAGUUUGUGAAAGUUUUUUAAAUACAGUUCUUCACGUUUGCUUCUCCGUUUCAAUUUUCUUCAAAAAAUACUGGUAUAAAGGGAAGGAUGAUUCUUGAUUAGUCUUACUAUGGUCGAUUAGUAAACAAAUAUAACGAAAUAAGCUUGAAAUUUCGAGCAUGAUCGUCUUUAUUCGACUUCAUAAGAAUCAAUUUCGAAAACAUGAGUGAAUUACGGUUGUUGUAGUACUCAUAUUCUCAAGAUUGCGCUAGUUCUGUUGAUUCUAUGGUUGUUAUGUUAGAUUAUAAUGACUUCACAAAGCCUUACGACGUUUUGUAAUUUUAUAGGCUGUCCAUUUUUACCAAAGAACUAACUUAACGUUAUUUUUACAUUCCAAAAUAGUAGUUUAGGUUGUAAGCAACCUCACGGUGCGGUGGGUGAAAAUAUCAGAACAUCAUAUCGAAAUUACAUAUAUGUAUUAUUGCCCCAUUAACUUUCACACUGGGUCACGAACUUUCCUAUUUCCCUCUACUUAGUUUUACUUCGGUUAGUACCUAAUUGUUCAAUUUAUAAGCUGUUUUAUUAAAAUAAUUACAAAUGUACGUAACAAAAACAUUAACUUUAUUUCGAUAAUAACAAUUAUUGUAAAGUAUUUAUUUGAACAAUAAAUUAAUUGUAAAUAAUUUAGGAUUAUUUAAAUACGCUUUCUGAGGGCAGAUAGCCAUCUGGUGUGCUCUCCAUAUACAUAUAAUAUACUGCAUAUAUAGGCACAGAAUGUUAUCAUAUGCAUCUGUUCAAUCAAUAUAGUCUAUGAGUCCAUUCGUUUUUACUAUCAUCUUCGUUCAUUUCCUUCUCAAUGUUCUCUUAUUCCUCAGCUGAAUAUCAAUUGUUUUAUCUACUUAAUGUCUGCAACUUUUUCUCGCACUUUAUAAUCCUACAUACGAUAUUUACUACAUACAUACAUGCGUACAUGUCAACCCCCAUAACAAAAAAUUAGUCUAAAUAAUAAUAAUACGACGUGAAUUUUUAUCGUAUUCAAUGAAUCAUAUGUAGGUUUAUAAAGGUAUGAAAAUAAUGUUUUCCUAUUUCUAAUUAUUAUUAUUAUUAUUAUGGUGUCUCACUAAUAAAUGAUCUCUAAGAAAGGUAUAGAUGAUAUAUAUAUAAAAGUAUAUAUAUUAAUGCGAUGUAAUAAUAAGUAAACUGAGUUAACUUUUUAUAAAAUCGAUGUCU